AUGCCGCCUGUAUAUACAGAUUCCGUCAUCCCCGAAGCUCCUCCGGCCACCAUUCCAAAUGCGGGCUCGCGCAGCGACGGCUUCAGUCCUGCCGCCAUCAUCGGCAUCGUAGUUGCCAUCCUUUUCCUGCUGCUUUUGGUUCCCUUGAUCGCCAUCCUAUUACGUCGAUAUGAAAGCACUCGACUACGCGAAACGCCAAAAAGUUCUGGAAGCAGCCUUGCCAGUCUCCGCAGCCACAGCCACAGCCACAGCCAAGAAGAACAACCAAAUCUCGGAAGCAUCCUCGUCACAAAAGAACUACUACGCUCCAGUGUGAGGAUGGAACGGGUCGACUCUGGGAUAAACCGACCGGAUCAGAUAUAUGGCAACGGGCGGGAUCGGACAAGAGGAUGGAGUGUCACUGAAGUUCGAGGUGGAGAGUUAAACAAGUGA